UGACCCUCCCACUCUCUUAGGACAGACUGCAUGCUCUCUCUUUCCCCAUCCUCAGUCAACCUUCUUUCUGUUUCCAUUCUUGUCUUUCUCUCUCUUAUUCUCUUCCCCCUCUCUUGCUUUCUGUAAAAGUUAUCUGGUGAGGAAAGAAGACGACAUUUGGAUGAUUUUGACUCUUCCAUCAGCGUCCUCUGGGGAAGACAUCAGUCGUGGCGCAUAGCAUCCAAUGGAAACAUUGUUUGGCCUGCGUUUCAGGCGGAAAGCCUGUGAGCCAAAUGGGCGCAGGCGCUCCAGUGUGGCACUUCCAGCGAGUAAAGCACGCCGGCGCUCCAGCGUGGGCCUGCCCUCAGCUGGCCUGGCUCAUAGACGCAGGUCUAGCGCUCAGUUCCAAACCAGCAAUGUGCAUGCGGGGAUCUCACAAUGCAGUAGAGGACACUUCGCUAGGAGGAGGUCGAGCGGUGCGACAGCCUGCCUGACCCCACGGUUCGCUAUCCGACGAAGACAGGCUGCCAAACACCGCGGCAUUCACGCCCAGCUCCUAGGACCGUCGCUGCUCCUGGCUAGUGUGGUGCAGAUGAGCGAAGACCACGAAAGGGAGGAUAAGAGUGUAGAAGAAUACUCCUCUCUCUCUGAUAGUGACUCUAGUCAGGAAGAGCACGAGCAAGCAAGGAUUGACUUAGAGACGGAGUCUGAUAAGUGUCUGACAUGGUUGACUCAUGGUUUGUUGGCAGGAGAAAGCAUUCAGCCCCGCCCCAUCAUCCGUGCACCACGUUGCCUGCGACGAAACUCCUCACACCUGCUUCCCGCUGAGGCCGUUUAUCGAAGCCCAGCCUCUUAUGGGCUAUAUGGCCGUUACCGUAGGACCAGUCAGGCACAGGGGCUGUCUAAUAUAGGUGGAUUGUGGGAAGGGAGACAAAAUUCUUUUGCAGCUCAAGGACCAGUUGCACUGUACAGGACGAGCUCCCCUUGCUGGCCAGAUCUCGAUCUUUCACACACACUGCAGGGAACUUACUACAACCCACAGGUUGACACAUGGAGCGGGUUUCUAUCGAAGGCCAUUGCGAAGUCUGGUCUCCAGCACCUCUCAUGCCAGCCCAGUGCUGCAGUGUUGGCCAAGGGGGAAACGGACAGAGAAAUCCGCAGCACAGUGGACUGGAGUGAAUCAGCUCUAUAUGGAGAGCACAUCUGGUUCGAGACAAAUGUCUCUGGGGACUUCUGUUACGUUGGAGAACAGCACUGUUACGCUAAGUCACUGCAAAAGUCUGUUGCUCGGAAAAAAUGUGCUGCUUGCAAGAUCGUAGUUCACUCCAUCUGCAUUGAACAGCUGGAGAAGUUAUUGGACUGGAAUGCUCCACCUCAGGGGGAGGGGCUUCAUGAGGUGCCUCUCAAAGAGCCGUCAUUCAGAAUAAACUUCAGAUGUAAACCAUCUUUCAGGGAGUCAGGAUCGCGGAACAUCCGAGAACGCACAUGGCGACGCAGAGCUUUCAGAGGUCUCCGUGCUUUGGAGCAAAUGAGAGGUGCUGCAGCUAAAUAUAGUGCACACACCUCUAUCACACAGCCUGCAAUAGUGCGACACCACUGGGUCCAUCGGAGAAGACAAGAGGGCAAAUGCAAACAGUGUGGAAAGGGGUUUCAGCAGAAAUUUGCCUUUCACAGUAAAGAGAUUGUAGCCAUUAGCUGCUCCUGGUGCAAACAAGCAUAUCAUAAUAAAGUGACAUGCUUCAUGCUGCAGCAGAUAGAAGAACCGUGUUCAUUAGGAGCACACGCCGCCGUUAUAGUACCUCCUACCUGGAUCAUACGGCUUCGCCGACCUCAGUCCUCACUAAAGUCAAGCAAAAAGAAGAAACGAGCGUCUUUCAAACGCAAAUCCAGCAAGAAAGGAGCAGAGGAGGCUCGAUGGAAGCCCUUCAUAGUGAGACCUAUUCCCUCUCAACUCAUGAAGCCACUGCUGGUGUUUGUAAACCCAAAGAGUGGAGGAAACCAGGGAGCUAAAAUCAUCCAGACCUUUCUGUGGUAUCUGAACCCUCGGCAGGUCUUUGAUCUCAGUCAGGGGGGUCCUCAGGAAGGCUUGGAGAUGUAUCGCAAAGUUCACAACUUGAGAAUUUUGGCCUGUGGUGGGGAUGGCACGGUGGGCUGGAUCUUGUCCGCUCUUGAUCAGCUGCAGCUAAACCCUUCUCCUGCUGUGGCUGUACUUCCUCUGGGCACAGGAAAUGAUCUUGCUAGGACUCUGAACUGGGGUGGGGGUUACACAGAUGAACCUCUGAGUAAAAUCCUGUCUCACGUUGAGGAUGGGAAUAUUGUACAGCUGGAUAGAUGGAACCUUAUUGUAAAGCCCAACCCAGAGGCAGGCCCAGAGGAGAGAGACGAGCAGGUGACGGACAAGCUCCCUCUAGACGUCUUCAAUAACUACUUCAGCCUGGGGUUUGAUGCUCAUGUGACUUUAGAGUUCCACGAAUCUCGAGAGGCCAACCCUGAGAAAUUUAACAGCCGAUUCAGAAACAAAAUGUUCUAUGCAGGGACAGCGUUUUCUGAUUUCUUGAUGGGCAGCUCCAAAGACCUGGCUAAACACAUCAGAGUAGUGUGUGACGGCACAGAUUUGACCUCGAAAGUCCAGGAUUUAAAGCUGCAAUGCCUGGUCUUUCUCAAUAUCCCCAGGUACUGUGCGGGCACUAUGCCAUGGGGCAAUCCAAGUGAGCAUCAUGACUUUGAGCCUCAGCGUCAUGAUGAUGGCUGCAUUGAGGUCAUUGGAUUCACAAUGACAUCACUGGCCACACUGCAGGUCGGAGGUCACGGUGAGAGGUUAAAUCAGUGCCGUGAGGUCACCCUUACCACCUUUAAGUCAAUCCCCAUGCAGGUGGAUGGAGAGCCUUGCAAACUAGCGCCAUCUGUUAUUCACAUCUCUCUGCGAAACCAGGCCAACAUGGUGCAGAAAACCAAGAGACGUACAUCUAUACCACUGCUCAAUGAUAGUCAGCAACCAUUUCCAGAACGGUUACGGAUCAGAGUGAGCCGUAUCAGCAUGCAUGAUUAUGAAGCUCUGCACUACGACAAGGAGAAACUCAAAGAAGCUUCGAUUCCACUGGGUCUCAUCGUUGUCCCGGGAGACAGUGAUUUGGAAACCUGCCGAGCUCACAUCGAGAGACUACAGGAGUUUUGGACAGAUAAGGACUUUGUGUCGUGUCACCCAUCUCUGCAGCGGCUGGUGCUCCAGGAAGGUGAAGGGGCCAAAUCGAAGGCUUUAUCAUCUCAGAGGCUGUCGCCAAAAUGGUGCUUUCUUGAUUCUACAACAGCUGAUCGAUUCUACAGGAUUGAUCGAGCUCAAGAGCAUCUUAACUACGUGACUGAGAUUUCUCAGGAUGAGCUGUUCGUUUUGGAUCCAGAACUAGUUGUCACAGAGACGGUCAGCACAUCGCCAGGCAUGCCAGACCUGGUGGACUCUGGUGAUGUCCCGUCCGAUCCACGAAAAUUUGCCUUCCCAUCAUCCUCCUCUUCUCCACCAAACUCACCUGGACCUAGGGCUGCAGAGCUCCAAAGGAAGCGUGUUUCCAGUGACAGUUCUGUGGCAGAAGCACUUGCACACAGUGACUCGCUCAGAUCAACCAAAGCAGCUCUCAGCAGGGUGGGGGGUGUUCAUCGCUCAAAUACAACAGCAGCAGAUUUCAAACCUACCAGCAGGUUUGAGAAGAGCACCCUGAACAAUGCAAACUCUGUGUCAGCAGACAAUCUAAUUGAUUGUGUGAAGAAGAAGGACCAUCAGAAGUUGAAGGAGCUGCACAAGAAGGGGGCAGACCUGUGUAUGCAGGACCCUGUGGGCCGCACCCUUCUGCACUAUGCUGUGGAAGUGGGCAGCAAGGAGAUUGUCAGAUACAUCAUUGAUAAUGCACCCACCGAUAUUCUGGAUGUAACGGAGAGAGAAAACGGAGAGACGGUGUUGCACAAAGCGGCCUCGUUGUGUCAUAGGACAAUCUGUCAUUACCUAGUGGAGGCGGGAGCAUCUCUCAUGAAGACAGACUUACAGGGCGACACUCCAAAGCAUCGUGCCGAGAAGGCGAAAGAUGCAGAACUUGCGGCGUAUCUUGAGAACCGCCAGCACUACCAAAUGAUCCAGCGUGAAGACCAGGAGACUGCAGUUUGACCUUUUGACCUCUCACCCUUCACCUCAACCAGUGUCCUGCUUUUUGUGCCAAAACAACAGUAACCAAAAAUGUAUCGCUGUACCCAUAGCAGGCUGUCUGGACUGCACCGGGGGUGGAUACAUUCCCAGAGAGGGGGGACGGUCGCACACUUAACUGUCUCUGAAGAGGUCCCUAGCUUUUAUCAUCAUUCUCUGAAUGACCUGUUGGACUUAAUGUCUUUUAUUUCAUUGCACUGCCAAAACAUCUUAGAGUUUGUAUGUAUGAGACAGAAUGCAGAAUUCUCUUCAUGUUAAUACACUCAUCACGUUUGCUUUUCUAGUUUGACAAUGCUGAAUGUUAGUUGAAUACAGUGAGGAUUUCAAAGAUGCAUGGGCUGGUGAGGACAGUGCUGUUUGUGUCUCCAGAGUCAUCACUGUCUGUAAGUGCAGCUGGAGCAUUCACCGUAGCCCUGACUCUACAUCUACAGGUUCAGUAUUGCUCUGUUAUAGCUGAACUUUAGUCUGGUUAGUGUCCAGAGCAUGAACCGGAACCCGAAACAACAUUUUAAUAGCUGAAUUAUUUCCUAAUAACAGUAGAGCCAUUAAAUAAUAUGAUGUUAAUGUAUAAUGUAACUUUCUAGAUUCCUCUGCACUGAAAGAGUUCAGGAUGGUUCAAAGACAGGAAUGUUUACUGGGGUCUUGGUUUGAAGUAUCAGAACGAUUUAGAUAUUUUUCAGGUGUGUUUAUUGGAAGGAUUUUGCAUUUUCAUAGAUUUCUGUGCUGUUUCUAAUAAGAACAUUCGGUACUGUAAAUGUAUGCGAGUAGCUUUCUGUUUAAGAGGCAUUUGCACUGUAGCUUUGAUUGCCUUCUCUAUUCUAUAAUAUGGAUUUAUAAUUGAUGUACUAAAAUAUAGCUUCUUUCCUACAAUAUUUUUAAGUAAAUAGAUGUUUAUAUAAUUUGUAGCUAUUAAAGAUGUGUUGUCAUGUUUGUAUUAUAAAACGCUGUAAAUUAGAUUUUGGUUUAUUGGAGUUGAGAACAGAUCUCACUUUGUUUCAGCACAUUUUUCUUAAGUCUUUGUGAUAAACCAAUAAGAGUUUACACUCUAUGAGAGUUUUGUUUUUUUGUGCUGAUGUCUUAAUGCAGAUUUAAGAUUUUAGGAUGCUAUUUAUUUUCCUAAAAAAGUUAUAUAUUGAAAGUAAUUUGGCCUUGAAGCUAUACGUAUUUAAUAAUAUUAGUCAUUUAUAAUGUAUUUCAGUAAUUUACAUCACAGAAGUAAACUCUUCUCUGUCCAGAUAUGUUACUACUUCAUUAAUGAAAUGACCCACUGGUUUCAAAGUUCUUUACAAUAAAUGUCAUUAUACAGCAUGUAUGCAUAUUCACAAUGUAUAUAGGUAACACAUUGUAUUUAGGUAAGCACCCUAGCAUCUUUAAUGCUCUUCAUUAACUGGUCAGUUCUGUUCUUUCUUUGGAAAGACAUUUAAAAUUUUGAGUGUUUAAACAACCAUCCAUCCAACCCUUUUACCCUGACAGCUAUUUGACAGGAGCCUUGAUGAAUGACAUCAUUAGAGUGACAUCAUAUGCCACAAACGCUGAAGUCACUGAGCUCUUACAAUAAACAUGGGAUAUGUCUUAAUGAUCGAUUUUUAAAAUUCUGAAAGUUUUUUUUUUUUUUUUUUUUUUAGGGUUUUAGACCUUUUGCACUUUUUAUAGUGUGGAAAAUUGGGUUUGUUGUCCAGGAUAUGUAAAAAAAAAAAAAAAAAAAAACCUUUUACAAUGUUCCAUCUGAAACCUCAGUGUAAAGGCUGAUCGUGUAAAGUUUAUAGGAUAAGAACAUGUCUUGGUUUUUUAGGGUUGGUGUUACUAAAUAACUCCUGUAAUGGAAAAGCUGUUUUAUGUAGAUCGGAUAGACACAGGUUCACAGGUGCAUUCUGGGACAGAACAAAGCUAGCAGGCUGGCUGAAACUGUAAAUGGUCUAUAAGCCAACAGUGCUUUCUACACAAUCAUGCCAACUUCAUUCCGUUACCAAGGAAAUUUUUAUCAUUUAAUUUUACUAUUUGAGAUAAACAGCAUACAGGAGCCACUCUCAGAGAUUGGAGGGAUUAAGGGACAAUUUUAUGAGUUUUGAGGCUUUCAGUUUCUUCAUAAUUAUAGUAAUAAAAAUAAAACUAGAGUUUGUCAGACUAAUAGGCAGGACAGAUGGCAUAGAUUUGCCCCAAAUGUUUGAAUUAAUUUCUGAACCCUUUUAGCAGUCUUUUUUUCUCAUGUACUGUACAAAUUUUAGUAUCACUUACUUAUAUCUUAGAAAGCAGUUGUUUUGAGUGUAUAAUAUAACAAAAUUCUGUUUUUGUGACAACUUUUUAUUUCUCAUUUCAAAUAUGCUAGAGCCUUGCUACAGUAAUCUACACUUUUUUUUCCUCUGUUUCUGUAAAACUUUGAUUUUGUUUGACAUAGACCUUAUAUUGACAUGGAGUCCUUAGAAAUUCAACAGCCUUAAAUUUCUUAGGUGAUUUACAAAUGUUUGUAUGUCCACAGUUCUAUACCUGAUUAUUAGCAAUAUGUAUUUAUGACUGGCAUUGUGCUGUUCUACUGCAUGAACUCAGUCCACAACUAUUAACUCAGUACAGUGGAUAUUCUAAUGGCCAGUUUUUAUUAAAGUACUGUAGCCUGCAUUUAGCAUAUCAUUCUAGUAACCUCUAGGGGCAAGUGAGUCUAUGCCCCUGCAUAAGCCCACUGUUACAGAGUUAUUUAGCCUGGUGUUAAGAUUAUAUCACCUAGACUUUAAUGAUAUGGUUUUUUGAUUUUGUUGUUGAUUCAUCGACUCUGUGGCACGUUCAGAGGUGAUUGGAAGUGAUUCUGGCAGCAUUAUAUUACACUUCGGUCUCCUCUGCUGUGAUUUUUGUCCAACCAACAGAUUAUGGUUCUGUACAUUACUUCAUUAUAAAUAAUUUAUACUUGCAUGUUUUAUCAAGCAGCUAUUUAGGGCUGGACCUUACAUGUCCCUUCAUUAUCUUAUUAACACCAAGUUUUUAAUCCAUAGCUCAUUUCAGCUUCUCUUAUCAUCAAUACACUGUCAGAAACCAUUAAUUACAUGCGUCUAACUUCCUAUUUUACUUCACACUAUUGAAGUAUUUUCCAUUUUCAAUUUCAUCGUCAACAUUAUCAAUAAACACCCCAAUAUUGCAAUACUGCAAUAUUAUUUAAGAGCUGAGAUUUUCCAAGAAAUUUCCAUGCUUUUGUGAAAAUCUCUUUACUUUUACUUUCAAAGGGCAAAGCAAUGUAAUAUGUAUGUAUUCUGAAUUUCUGAAUGUUUUGUUGCUGUGUAUUUUCUCACUCAAUUAAGCUCUUAAGCCUUUAGCUAUCGAGAUGCAUGAAAGCAGUAAGAGGAAGGACUGUCUCUUUUAUUGAUUUACAGGGAAAAUGAUCUGACAUUGACACUAAUUUGUGUCUAGUUUUAGUUUAAUUUUUGUUUUUUUUGUUUUUUUGAGUUGCAGUGCAAUUCAAGGCUUGAAUUUGUUGGAUGUUUUGAAAAGGAAAAAGCAGAAAGCAUAGGCUCCAGUGCAAUACAGUAUAUUGGGUUUUAAGAAAUGUUUUAUGAAUUUUCUGUUCUGUAACAAUAUGUAGUCAAUAAUUAUCUUCAUGAACUUAUUCUGUUACUGUCUGGUUAUUACCAUAAUAAAGCAUACUGAAUAUUUCAUACUGAA